AUGAUCAUAGGUUUAACUAAAGAAAAAUUAUUAAACAAGGUUUGUUGGUUUACAGCAGCGGAGACAUAUGGAACGAAUAAUAGCUCAACACAAAAGAAAAAAUACUUUGUCAAAAAUAAUGGAGUAAUAACAACUAAGCCACCACCACCUUCGUUACUAAAACAACAACAACCAUUUAUUCUGAGUACUAGAUCAUCAUCUACCACUGCUACAAAUGCGCCACCACCAUUAUCACCCAUCAAACAAUCAAUAUUUAAAUAUGAAAGCAAUUGGUCGUCGAAGAAAAAAGCAAUGGUUGCAAUGAGGCACAGGAAAUGGCAAGAGGGAAUAAAAUGGUGCACAGUUUAUCUGCAAGAAUCCUUACGAACCAGAAGUAGAAACAAUUUUGUGUGUUCGAAUCGAACAAAGAGUAAAUUAGAGAAUGAGGAGUACGUGGUCCGAUGUAGACGUGCGAUUGCAUACGGGAUGCUAAAGGACUUUGAGAUCGCAUUGCAAGAGAUAAAUGUAAUUCUUCGUCGAAAACCGCGUCUGAAAUUGGCCUUGUUGAUACGGGCCGCCGUGUACUUCCACAUAAAUAGUUUUCAACAAGCACUUGCGGAACUUGAAGACAUUUUAAUAUGGUUUCCGAAUGAUACGUUUGCCCUUGGAGGUUGUGCUUCGAUUUAUUUGAAAAUGGGAUCGUAUACAUUAGCGCGUGUGAAUUUGGAGAAACUUUUUCGUUGCAAUAUUCAAGCCCCACUUCUCGAGAGCCUGCACUAUCCAGCGUACAUACCAUCGCUGAAGUUCUCGAAAAAGGCAUUUAUCGAGGAACUGAUACAAGGUCACGCUGGAAAUGUUUACGCGAUGGGCGAUUUUGAUCUGAAGCUUGAAAUGACACACGAGAAAGUUUCCAUUCUAAGACUUUGGGGUUUGGCAUUACGAAAAUUAAAUCGGUGUGAUGAGGCAUUGGAAAAGUAUAAUCGUGCUUUGAAUAUCAAACCAUGGAGUAUUUGUGUGUUGAAGCAUCGUGCGGACGCUUACUACUUUCUUAAUCGAUAUCGUGAUGCGCUGUCAGAUGUGAGACAAGUAUUGAAGCGUCGAAGUCAUAGUGCAACCGCUUUGAAAAUUCAGAGCGAUUCUUAUUAUCAGCUUCAUCGUUACGACGAAUCAUUAGCCGUACUAAAUCAGAUACUAAAACAAGAUCCUGAUGAUUCCUUUGCAUUACGAGAUCGUGGAAAAGUUCUCAUCAAGAAAGAGCAAUAUGGACAAGCAAUCAUCGACUUCACAGCUGCACUAAAGAUUCGACCAAAAAGUGUUACCACACUAGAGAAACGAGGGGAAGUUUUUCGAAAGUUACGGCGACUGGACAAUGCCAUCGCGGAUUUCAGCGCUGCAUUACAGAUCGAGCCGGAUAAUAUUUCUCUGUUGAAGAAUCGAAGUGAUGUUUACUAUCAACAGGGAUACUACGCGAAAGCGCUCGUUGAUCUGGAACAUAUCCUGAAGUUGGAUUCGGAUAAUUUUUGCGCGAUUCGCGAUCGUGGUGAUGUUUAUUGUAUGCAGCACCGAUACGAGGAGGCUUUGCAGGACUUUAAUGCCGCUUUGAAAUUAAGACCGGAUAGCUCUUCGGCAUUGGCAAGUCGAGGCGAUGUUUAUCGUAGAAUGGGAAUGUGUGAGGAAGCAUUAAUUGACCUUAAUCGAGCCUUGAGACAUAAACCCACAAAUGCAACAGCGUUUAAAUAUCGUGGAGAAUUGAAUCGUACUCUUGGACGUUUCGAUGAUGCGUUAAGAGAUUUUGACGCUGGUCUAAAAUACAAACCUGAUAGCCCAUCAACUCUGAAAUUCCGUGCAAAAGUCUAUUGUUUGCAAUCACGAUUCGAUGAUGCGAUCAAAGAUUUAGAUCAAGCCUUAAAAAUAAAAAAAGACAGCGUGUCAACACUUUGCCGGCGUGCUGAAACCUGUUGCAUGAUGGGCAACCCACACGAAGGGCUUGCCGACGCAGACAAGGCCGUCUCAAUAAAAGCAAAUCCCAUGGCGCUUCGAUGUCGCAGCAAAAUUCAUCUGUUACUAGAUCGCAGGGAAGACGCACUACAAGAUCUCGACCGAUACCUGCGCUUGGAAUGGAAAGACAUGUCCGCGUUAUGUGAUCGCGGUGAAAUAUAUUACCGGAUGGGACUAUCUGAUUUAGCAUUAAACGAUUUCAAUCGUGCGCUACGACAAAACCCCACAAAUCUCGUGGCGUUGUGUACACGGGCCGAAUUGUUGUUGCUGAUAAAUAGAAAUCAGGAGGCGCUGGUCGAUUUGAAUAAUGCCAUUGCGGCUCAUCCAACAAGUGCUUGGCCGCUUUUUCUUCGUGCUAAAGUAAAUUUGGCGCUGCAGCUUUAUUCAGAGGCCACGAUUGACAUAGAGAGAGCAUGUUGGUUGGAACCGAAAUUUGAUUUCGGAAUUUUGGAUAGCCUUGAAAUCACAAUCACAAUGAAUCUUGCUCAAGCAGAAAGCCAACUAAAUGAUAACAAUGCAGAAAUACGCAGACAACGCUCACCACAUUAUAAAAAAUCCCAAAUUCCUGAAGAAGAAUUGGAGCAUACAGAGUUUCGAUUUCCGGAAUGGAUUAUGGCACAAAAUCCACCAUGCCUGACAUACGAAAAUGUCCUUGAAUAUUUCGCGCAAUCACCAUUCUGGGAUCCUCAUUCUGCCAAUGCAAACUUGAAAAUGCAGACGCAGUUCAAUGAGUUAUUACAAAAUAAAUCAGCUGAAGAGUUGUUAAAGGGUCCAAUUUAUAGUGAAUUCAGAGAAGUCGAAACCGCCUAA